UGUUUGCUGGUACUCUGCGCCCCCCCCCCAAAUCCACCCUCCUCUGACCUAGCUUAGUAGGAAGGAAGCCAGCCAGGCCACACGCACCCUCUUCUAUUCAAUCAGCUUUGCCCCCCCCCCACUCUUUUUCAUUACUCCCAAGGUGGGAAACGCGCGUGGGAUCGCCGCCCCUUCUCUGCUCCGCUCCCUCCCCCGUUGCGCGCGUGCGCUUCGGAGCCAGCACCCGCCGGGGGUCCUCUCCCAGCGCAAAGUGAGGGGUGUGUGUGUGUGUGUGUUUGUGUGCUUUUAACUUUCCGGAGGAGCGGGGUUAACAAGUCCUCGAGCCCCACCACUUCGAAAACAAAGCAAAGCAGCAGCAGCAGCAGCUGAGCGGACGUGCCUGGGAGUUGGUGGACGCGGGGAGUUUGUGCGAGCGCCGACCUCGGAAGGCGUGUUUGCUCGGAAGUUCUAAAGGGCAGCUAAACCAUUGCAUAAGUUGAGCCACAUCUGGGCCAUGUCGUCUAUAUUACCGUUUACUCCACCUGUUGUGAAGAGACUGUUGGGAUGGAAGAAGUCUGCCACUGGUUCAGGAGGUGCUGGUGGGGGUGAGCAGAAUGGUCAGGAAGAAAAAUGGUGUGAGAAAGCAGUGAAAAGUUUGGUGAAGAAGCUCAAGAAGACAGGACAACUGGAUGAGCUUGAAAAAGCAAUCACCACUCAAAAUUGCAAUACAAAAUGUGUUACAAUACCAAGCACUUGCUCUGAAAUUUGGGGACUGAGUACACCAAACACGAUAGAUCAGUGGGAUACCACAGGCCUAUACAGCUUCUCUGAACAAACCAGGUCUCUUGAUGGCCGCCUGCAAGUAUCCCACCGUAAAGGAUUGCCACAUGUUAUUUACUGCCGUUUGUGGCGCUGGCCUGACCUUCACAGUCACCACGAACUUAAGGCAAUUGAAAACUGUGAAUAUGCUUUUAAUCUUAAAAAGGACGAAGUAUGCGUAAACCCAUACCAUUACCAGAGAGUGGAGACUCCAGUUCUGCCUCCUGUCCUCGUACCACGACAUACAGAGAUUCUGACUGAACUUCCACAACUUGAUGACUAUACUCAUUCCAUUCCCGAAAACACUAACUUUCCAGCAGGAAUUGAACCACAGAGCAAUUACAUACCAGAAACACCACCGCCCGGCUAUAUCAGUGAAGAUGGAGAAACCAGUGACCAGCAGUUGAACCAAAGCAUGGAUACAGGAUCUCCAGCAGAGCUGUCUCCCAGUACACUCUCUCCUGUCAAUCACAGCCUGGACCUGCAGCCGGUUACCUACUCAGAGCCUGCUUUUUGGUGUUCUAUAGCAUAUUAUGAAUUAAAUCAGAGGGUGGGAGAAACCUUCCAUGCGUCACAGCCCUCACUUACUGUAGAUGGCUUUACGGAUCCAUCAAACUCUGAAAGAUUCUGCCUAGGCUUGCUCUCCAAUGUUAAUAGAAACGCCACUGUGGAGAUGACAAGAAGGCACAUAGGGAGGGGAGUGCGCCUGUAUUACAUUGGCGGAGAGGUUUUUGCUGAGUGCCUAAGCGAUAGCGCAAUCUUUGUUCAGAGCCCCAAUUGUAAUCAGAGAUAUGGCUGGCAUCCUGCAACCGUGUGCAAAAUCCCGCCAGGCUGCAACCUAAAGAUCUUUAAUAACCAGGAAUUUGCUGCUCUUUUGGCUCAGUCUGUAAAUCAGGGCUUUGAAGCAGUGUAUCAACUAACCCGAAUGUGCACCAUAAGGAUGAGUUUUGUUAAAGGAUGGGGCGCUGAAUACAGGCGGCAGACGGUAACAAGCACUCCCUGUUGGAUCGAGCUUCACCUGAACGGGCCUUUACAGUGGCUGGACAAAGUAUUGACUCAGAUGGGCUCUCCCUCAGUGCGCUGCUCCAGCAUGUCGUAAUGCUCCUCGUCUCCACUAGCGCGCUUGAAAUGCGAAGUCCAGGCAACAGACUUAAAUAUUAACAGCUCGUCUGUCGUAGUAACUCGUGUGUGGUCUCCAUGAACUGUUUCCUAUCGAAAAAGUUCAGAGAGAGAGAAAGAGAGAGACAGAAAAGCACUUGAGGGUCUCAUCAGUUUCUAAGCACCUUGUGGGUUUUGUUUCCUAUACUCUGAUGCGCUAGACGAAAAGUUAGUGUAUAGAAACGCCUUCUGCCGAAGGAGGGAGGGACAUAUUAAAUACUUUAAUGGUGUUUUUUAUUGGGUAUAUAUAAAUUGAGUGUCCUAAAGGUUUACCAAUAACAUGAGUGGUUCAGUUAAUGUAUCAUGGGACCCCCCCCCCCCAAUUUUGACACCAUUCUGCUGUCCUGAGUUUAAAUUCCCAUUGAUAGAUGUGCGGAGCUCUUUGACUUAGGCAGCCAUCUCGUAAAAAGCCCAAGUUCUUGCUUCUCUAUAUUUUUUUAUAUUUUUAUAUAUAAAUAUAUAUGCAGGCUUUCCGCUGCCCUAUAACAGACUUUAUGCAGAAAAUCUCCUCUCCCCCCCCCCAAACCUUUUCCAAGUGUACUAGCUGUCACCUUAAAAAAACCCUCUUUGGAGCGGGAGCGAUUCUUGGCUUCCAUUUUUUGAAAUCUUGCGUGUUGAGUAUGCUUAGUGGGCCUGAGAUGGGCAGUGCCACCUUCAACCUUUCACUCCUUGCCCCCAUGCCCACCUCCCCUGGGCCAAACCACGCUUUAAAAAAUAGAUCCUUCCGCUGCCCACCUAAAGUAGGCAUCUGUUGCCGGCGAUGGGUGCUGCUGGCCCUGAGGUCCAGCUUGCACCUUAGUUCGAAAAUAUGGCGGGAGGUCGUUCCUGGGAGAUGCA